AUGGCGCCACCGUCGAUCCCAAUACGGCUGUACUCUGAUAGGGCGACAAAGUUCGUACCGAGGCAAGACCGACCGAUCACUACCCGUUUGGCGAAACAGGCCGGCAACAUCGGAAUGAACUGCUUUCGAGACUACUGUGCGAAUAGUUCCAUCCAUGGGUUUAAGUACUUCGUAGGUUCUAAUCGAACGCGGGUGGAAAAACUAUGGUGGAUUGCAAUGUGCAUCCUCUCGAUAUAUUGGUGCAGCAAUCUCAUACAAACGGUGUACGACAAAUGGCGACGCGAUCCGGUAGUGGUUACCUUCGCGGAGAAACCGACCCCCGUGUACGACAUUCCGUUCCCGGCCGUUACUAUCUGUCCGAUCACGAAGGUGAAGUCCAGAAGCCUCAACUUUACCACCGUGUAUCAGCACGUUACACAGGGAGGAGGAAAUGUUACAGAAGAGGAAUUCGAUCGCUUUGUGGCCAUGAUUCAAGUGUGCGAGUUCUCGUUCAACGCGUAUUUAGUCAACCAAAGCUUCGAUAACAAUCUCGUGCAUAUGCUGCAGGAUAUGGCCAUCCCAUUUGAGGAAAUUUUCCUGCUGUGCUAUUGGCGAAAUAGUUACGUCAAUUGUACGGAUCUGUUCAAACCGACCUUAACGGAGCGUGGCAUAUGCUACACGUUUAACGGACUUUCGGCAGAUGAUAUUCUACGAACGGAGGAGUACCACCGGGAUUUUGUACACAUGGGUGAAAACCGAUCAUCUGCGAACUGGUCAAUCGAGCAUGGAUACCGAGAGAACCUUGGGUUGGAUGUCUAUCCGAGGAGAGUUGUCAGUGCGGGUUCGAAUGCCAGACUAGAGGUGCUCCUGAAGUCAGACGUUGAGGAUAUGGACUAUCUUUGUGGGGAUUCCUUUCAGGGCUUUCAGACACAGAUACACACCCCGAACCAGUUCCCCCAGAUCUCGACCCAAAGCAUCCGUGUGCCGAUGGAUCAUGCGCUUAACAUUCGCAUAGAACCGUUUAUGGUCACCACGUCGGAGCAUGUGAUCUCCUACAGCCCUCAGCAACGCCUCUGCUACUACACCCACGAACGAUACCUGCGCUUCUUUCGGAUCUACACCAAGCGCAACUGUGAGUUGGAAUGUUUGGCAAACUUUACGCUGCAUUUGUGUGGCUGCAUUCAAUUCUCGAUGCCACGGGCACCAGGUGUCCACAUCUGCGGCAUCGAGAAGCUGGGAUGUUGCGAUAGGGCUGAAGCAAUACUGCAGGAGCAAGGAUUGGGAUUGAUCGACAAUUCGUCUCGACUAUUGCUGAGUGCGUGCAACUGCCUGCCGGGGUGUAUAUUUCUCGAGUACAAGCCAGAAAUCUCGCAGGCACACUUCGAAUGGCGAAGGUUAAUCAAUACGAUCCAUCUGUUUGAGAAUGAAUUGAAUCACUCACAACUCUCGUUAAUGACGCUCUACUACAAGGAACCACAGUUUAUCUCAAUCAAGCGCAAUCAGCUUUUCGGACUGAAUGACUUCAUAGCCAACUGUGGUGGCAUUCUUGGUUUGUUCAUGGGCGUCAGCCUACUAAGCAUUGUUGAGAUACUGUACUACUUCACACUGAAGCCACUGAUUGCCCACUGUCUAAAGAGGACUCGAACGGAGAAUAAAAUAGCAACGGUAGAGCCGUACAUACCAGGAAGUACAUACAAUACACCAUUCAACAAAUUCCUGCGAGAUGUUGCUUAA